GCAGAUGGACCCAGCGACCAUUAGAGUGCUGCAAUGUGAGGAAGGUAUCAUGAGGAAAAUUGUUUUGGUCUCAGCAAACCUUCCUUACGAAGACAGCUCUCCUCCUCCUCCUUUGGAGGUGAGGAGACUGGGAGAGGCUUGCCAUCGGCAAGGUGACCAACUGUUGGUGGGAUGUGAUGCCAAUGCCCACAACCUAGUGUGGGGCAGCAAUGACACCAACAGUAGAGAAAUAUUGCAGCCUUACAACCAGGCCAAAACACUGCCUGUAUUUAUGAUGGAAAAUGGUGGAUUGGUAAUUUCUCUGAAGUUUCAGAUGAAGAACAUGAUAUAACACAUUUCAGCAACAGAAUUAA